CGUGAGCGCGCCCAACUCACAACUCGGCGAAGUUUGACGCGCGGACUUCCACGGCGCAGACGUGUCUCGCACGCGGCGGUAAAAGUAUGCGCGAUAUUUUUCGGGACUGAGCGAAAAAAAAAAAAAAAAAAGAAAGAAAAAUCUCGUGCGAUAAGAAGAUCCGCGCGCGGAAUCUGGCGUCUGACCUCGAGCGGAGCUUUGUUGUCCUUUAUUACCGCCUCUCAACUUUCAGAGGGAGAUAAAAGAGGAACUGGGAGCGUUCGGACACUUUGGCGCAGCGUGCGCACCGGGCGUCGCGCACAGAACUCAACAAGUGGAGGAAUCCGUGAAGGCACGAAGUUGCCCAGUCUCCGUUAAAACCCCGCAAAACUCUCGGUCGUGCGGGUUUUUAAUAACAGCGCAUCUAUGCGUGGCGCUGAAGGGUGAGGAGACAUUUACCAACUUUUGCGGCAUCACGAUGAGAGGAGCGGCGGUUUCCCACGUGUGGAUGCUUUUAAUGCUGGAGGCUGUAGCGGGGGUCGGGGGAGACCAGGAGCCCACCGCCAAAGUGAUGAGGGGCACCAGACGGAGAGACGACAGCAAUCGCCUCACCACAGACUUGUACUGCAAGGAGGAAAACGUCACGGUAACGGCGGCGGGCGGAGUCAUCCACAGCCCGCGCUUCCCCAACGCCUACCCCCGCAACCUGCUGUUGUCAUGGCGACUGCUGUCCCUGCCGGGAAGCCGCAUUCACCUGGAGUUCGACGGACACUUCGGCCUGGAGGAGGCGGAGAAUGGAGCAUGCAGGUAUGACUUUGUGGAGGUGGAGGACCAAUCUGAGAGCAGCACUGUAAUUUGGGGUCGCUGGUGUGGACAGAAAGCUCCGCCCAGCCUCAACUCCAAGAGCAACAAGCUCAGGGUCACCUUCAAGUCCGAUGAUUACUUUGUUGCAAAGCCGGGAUUCAAAGUCUACUACUCACUGUUGUACGACACUCCCCAACCUGCGUCCAACACCAACUGGGAGGCCGUCACUGUGCCCAUGUCGAUGCCGGUCACGAUCACAGAGGCCGCCGUCUCUCUGGACGACUUGGACCGCACCAUAGCCGACUUUGAAACUGUGGAACAGCUUCUGAAAUCCCUGAACCCGAACACCUGGAAACAGGACCUGAACAGCAUCUACACCCAAACACACAUCCAUUACAAAUCCAGAGCCUAUCAUCUGGCGAGCAGGCAUAAUAAAGUUGAUCUGAACCGUCUCCAUGACGACGUCAAGCGCUACAGCUGCACCCCACGCAACCACACGGUGAACCUGCGCGAGGAGCUGCGGGCCACCAACGCCCUCUUCUUCCCCCGCUGUCUGCUGGUGAAGCGCUGCGGCGGCGACUGCGGCUGCGGCACCAGCGACUGGAACAGCGGCUGCAGCUGCCGGGCCUCCAAGACGGCGGCCAAGCUGCACGAGGUGCUGAAGUACACCCCGGAGGUCACCCUGCAUCAGCACCAACGGAGGCUGCAGAUGAGCUGGGCCAUGGACGAGAUUUUCCUCACGCAUCACGAGACGUGCGAGUGCGUGUGCCCCUCGCAGCCCCCGCGCUGAGACGCUCAACCUGGCGCACGCAUCUGGAGCGGUAGCAGGACUCCCCCUUAUUUAUCCGUUUCGCAAACAGACUUCGUGUAAUAACGGCAGCGCAGACACGUGCAGCAAAGAAGAAGAAGGCAAGCACAUGGCUGACGAACCGCAGCUUCCACCUCACAGUGUUCUCACCCUCGGGCAAAACACGUUGGUGCAUAAAUACAAACCUGCAACUGUUAAGUCUUCAUUGUUUAGAACAUAUUUAUUCACUAGUGCACAAUUCCUGGUUACAAAUGAUGAUCCUCCCAAAACAAAGCCUCAAAAGUAUAAGCAGAAAAGCCAAAAUGUUGCCAAACUCACUAAUUAAAUGAAAGAUGAAAGGAGAUUUAAGUGACACUGAAGCGACUCCAAUUGCAAAACUUCUAAAUUCUUGUUUCUGUGUUAUGUUCACGUUAUAAUAAGACGGUUUCUAGAAAUGUCAGGCACUGCUGCCAGCAGCAUGCUGAGAUGAGUGGGGGGGGGGGGGGACGUAGGAAGGGAGGGGGGAGGCUUCGGAGGAAGUGUGAACCAAAAUAAUAUUUUAUCUUGAUGUGAAAUUAGGCAAAGCACGACCCUCUGGCCGCACUCGCUCCAGGCUCACGCUUACUUCGAGGCGCUGCUUUUCAGCCCCAGUUUCUAAGUGAAGGUCCCCUUUGUUUUGCAUACGUUCCCGUCUCCGUGCACACAGUACCUCCGCCUCCCCUUUGUCUCCGCUUCGAUCCGCACGCUUCCCACUCCAUCUCCCUGCUGUCAGCACUCACUCUCAGACACACGUCCAAGUGGUGAUGCGUUCAGGCCCAUGCACUCCGCCCCGUUUACUUUACGCUCCUCAGGCCCUGAACACACAGGACACUCAGGAGGAGACGAGCAGUGGUUUUCCACCACCAAAGGGGAACUCAAGACAUGCAUUUGUAGAUUACUAUACACCAAGAUGAGAGCUGAGAGAGGGACCACUUUCAUGAUAACACACAAAGCUAAUCUUUCAGUGGAGAGCAUGCUUUUUUCUGCUGGUCUUGGAAAUGCGUGUGUUUAUUUCAAUCUGACUAUGCUCUGCAGUGGAAAUUAAAUAAAAGCCCUUAGAUUCUAGUAAAAACACAACUGAUCCUUGAGAGAGUGUGUGUGUGUGUGUGUGUGUGUGUGUGUGUGUGUGUGUGCGUGUGCCUCGUACAGCUCAGGAAAUGGUCCUUUUGCCAUGUUUUUUAAGUGGUCACAUCACUUUCCACAAAGCUCUGCCUUUACUGUGUACAGGAGUUACUGUCUCUGCUAUGUUUAACGGUAAAUGAAUGUAUUGUCAGUGUACAAUGUUUGUGGAGCUGUGUUUGUGUGUGUGUGAGUAAUCUCAACAUUCCAUGCAUCUGAAUACUCUGGCAGUUUUUUACAGUAAUGGAAUAUAUUGGUUUAUUUGCAUCAGCUACAGUAGAAGCCUUCAAACUCAUUUUACGCCUCUCAUUCAAACUCUUGUAUGAAAUCCCCAGGAAGAUCUUUGCCAUUUUCACCUGACAAAAGUAAGAAAAUAAAAACAAUUAUCCUUUUUUGUGUUUUGAAAAAAUGACAAAAUGAUGCUUUACCUUAAUUAUUUAUUGUGCCACGUUGUGUUAAAAUAAUUGGCUGGUUUGAUAAAUAAAGUAUUUCUGUCA